GUCGACAACAUGGAGGAGUCGCCAAAAUCAACCCGUCGCUCUCAUGACACCGACAAGCAUGACGGCAACGUGCUCGAGAUGGUGUCGGCCAAUACACCACACGAAGAGGCCGACAGCCAGAAGCUGACGGACAGCAACGGCGGCAGAGCCCCGGAACGCCAUGAGAAGAUGAGUCCCAGGUUGUUUAUGACUUUGGUGUGCAUGUCUUUUCUCUGGGUCGGUUCUCAAAUCCCGCUCUACCUGUUUGGCUCUAUCAUCACGCUCCUCCAGAAAGACAUUGGAGGCGCAGACCGAUCUGCCUGGUUUGCCAUCGCAUAUCUCAUCCCUCUUGCUUCCGUUUGCCCCUUUGUUGGUGCAUUGUCGGAUCUCUUUGGGCGACAAAAGGUUGCUAUUGUGGGACAGCUGACCUUGAUUAUUGGACCAAUCAUCACGGCCACUGCCCACAACAUGAACGUUGCUAUCGCUGGCCAAGUCUUCUCCGGCGUUGGUGCUGGCCUCAACGAGCUGAUCGCACUCGCUGGUACUGGCGAAAUUGUUCCAGUCAAGGAUCGGGGCAAGUAUGUUGGUGGUGUGAUCUUGACCAUCCUCCCCUUCUGCCCGGCUGUCUUGUGGGCCCAGUUUAUUGCCCAAGACAGCAGCUGGCGCUUCAAUGGUCUUUUGAUCGGCUUGUGGAAUUUCGUCGGUCUGGUGCUCUGCAUCUUCUGUUACCACGAUCCGUCUCGUCUUACCGAGACUUACACCGCCCGCCACGUUCUGCGACAGGUCGAUUAUGUUGGUGGUUUCUUGAGCGUCACUGGCAUUACCCUCUUCAUGAUGGGUCUACAGUGGGGAGCGUUGCAGUACAAAUGGGGAAGUGCCCAUAACCUGGGGCCGUUCAUAAUUGGGUGUGUAUUCAUCAUCGCCUUCUUCGUCUGGGAAUUCUACACACCCACCCCCAUGGUCCCGCGCAAAUUGUUCAGCAAGGCAAAAAGAACAAUGACUGUCAUCCUCCUUAUCACCUUCCUGAGUGGCGGCAAUUUCUUCGUCCUGAUCAUUAUGUGGCCAACGGAAAUUUACAAUCUCUAUGGUGACGAUCCCACGGGCGUUGGUCUGCGCUCGCUGCCUAUUGGUUUUGGCAUCAUGGUCGGCGCCUGUCUCUGCCUAGUCCUCAUCCCCAUCACCAACGGCCGCAUUCGCGAACUCAUGAUUUUCUUCACGGGCCUCAUGACGGCCGGAUCCGCCUUGAUCUCGAUAGCGACUCCCCACAACCUUGCCGCAAUGUACGUCAUUGUCUCGCUCGCAGCUACGGGCAUUGGCGCCGUCAUCUUCCCCAGUUCGAUUAUAGCGCAAAUCGCAUGCCCGGACGAGCUGAUUGCAACGGUCACGGCCAUCACGCUGAGCAUCCGCUACAUCGGCGGCGCCAUCGGCUACUCGAUCUUCACCACGGUGUUUGCGCGCAGAGCCCAGGACUAUCUGACCAACAUGGUGGGCGUCGACGUGCUCGUAGGAAAACUCGUCGUCAACCCCCUUGCCCCCGGCGGCAUCGAAGCCAUCACCGUCAUCGUAACGGAAAUCGCAAACGCCCGCUUCGAGGCCGCCCGCACCUACGUCGAGACCAAUCCCGCCGUCCUCAAACACGACGCUUACCCCAUGAUCCUCGCUGCUGCCCAGGAAUCCUUCGCCCUCGCUUACAGAUACCCUUACUGGAUCUCCAUUGCUUUUGGCGUCCCUUGCUUCAUUCUUAGCUUCUUCCUUGGAAACAUCCGCGCUCACUUGACGUCCAAGAUUGCGGUUAUCGUGUAG